UGCAGAGUUUUCUGUGGUAUCUGCUCCUGUGAUCUGUAUCGAAGAGGUUAUACGUCUUUAUGGUGAUGCAAGUAAUUUGAAAAAUCGAAAAAUGGAUUACGUUCAAAUGUCGGAUCCUUCCAAGUGCCAAAUGGGGUCUCACAAAAUUGCGUGUUGUGACUGUGGUGUGGCAAUAGACCCAAAUCCUGCGAACAUGUGUGUUUCUUGCCUGCGGACACGUGUUGACAUAACAGAAGGUAUUCCCAAACAAGUAGUGAUUUUCUUCUGUAGAGGAUGUGAAAGAUUUUUACAAACAAACACUGCUUGGAUACACGCAGCUCCAGAAUCCAAGGAACUCCUCUCUUUAUGUCUGAAUAAGCUCAGGGGUUUGGAUAAAGUCAAACUGGUAGAUUCCUCAUUUGUGUGGACCGAAGCACAUUCAAGACGAAUAAAAUUGAAAUUGACCGUAGAAGGAUCCCUAGAUGCAGGAUUUGUUCUGCAACAAGUUUUCAUUGUAGAAUACACCGUGAAUCAUAAAAUGUGCGAUGACUGUCACAGAGUAGAAGCUAAGAAUUUUUGGAAAGCUCUUGUUCAAGUUAGGCAAAGGGCGGAGAAUAAAAAAACAAUUUAUUACUUGGAACAGUUGAUGUUGAAACAUAGAGCUCAUGUCAAAACUACUGGAAUGAAAUCAGAAAAUGAUGGGUUCGAUUUUUUCUUUUCAACAGAAGCUCACGCAAGGAAGUUUCUCGAUUUUGUCAAAACUGUGCUACCUGUCAGAUAUUCACAUUCCAAAAAAUUGAUUUCUCAUGAUAUUCACAGCAAUUUAUAUAAUUAUAAAUUCACUUAUUUCAUUGAAAUUGUACCUGUCUCGGGAAACAGUAUCGUUUGUUUGUCAAAUGCAAUGAAGAGUCAUUUAGGAUAUAUGGCUCCUAUAUGCUUGGUUUACAAAGUAUCCAAUUCAAUUCACUUAAUUGACCCAAGUUCAUGCCGAAAAGCCAAGGUAACUGGUACAGAUUAUUGGAGAAAUCCUUUUGAGAGUAUAUGUUCUCCAAAACAAUUCAUAAAAUAUUAUGUCUUGAAUAUUGAGCCAGUGAUGGAUAAGGAUCGUACAUUUCUUCCCAAUCGAAAUGCAUUUUCGAAGAAACAUAUAUUAGCAGAUUGCUGGGUUGUUAAAGAGAGUGAACUGGGUAUGACUGACAACUCCAUACAUGUAAAAACACAUUUAGGCCAUGUCCUUAAGGUUGGUGACACCGUUCUUGGUUAUGACCUUGCUAACAGUAAUAUCAACAAUCCCAUUUUCGAUAAAAUUGAUAGCAGCAAAGUUCCUGACGUAAUACUUGUCAAGAAAUUCUACGAUCAUAGUGAGAGAAGGAAGAAGAGGGUUUGGAAGCUUCGACAUAUGGCUGAUCCAGGUCAAGGCCAUCUUGAUGGAGACGAUUACUACGAAUUCCUUGACGAUUUAGAAGAGGAUCCUGCACUCAGACAGAACGUUAAUAUUUUCAAAGAUAAUUCAAAGGCAGUUAUUCCUGUUGAUUCAAAUGAUAUGGACGAUGAAACUGAGCCGUACAUUACCUUAGAGGAAAUGUUAGAUGAAAUGGCAAUUGAUGAUGUUGAAAUGGAAGAUAGUGAACUGUGAAACUAUACUUCCUCAUAAUAGUUAUAACAAAGGAAUAUAAUACUUGAAAAUUAUUAUAAAAUACAGAACUCCAAGGAAAAUAUCUAGUUUAUUUUACUCAUCAUGUAUUUUAUUGAAUAUUGGUUCUAUUGUGGUGUAUUAAGGAUGAUAAAUAUUUUGCAUACCAUCAA